AUGGAAAAUGUUCUGCGAGAACAAAUUGCCCACAUGAGGCAAUCUUUCUUUGAUGAGGGAACUUUGGAUUCGAACUAUUUUGUUCAGCUGGAACAACUCGAAGGACCUGAUAAUCCAACCUUUGUUGAGGAAAUAAUUACUUUGUUUUACAGGGAAUCCAUGAAAAUGAUAGCUACUAUGGAGAAUACCCUGGAAAAGAGCCCCAUUGAUUUCAUAGGAAUCAACAGGAUGCUGAAUCAAAUAAGAGUCAAUAGCACCAGCAUUGGCGCUUUAGGAAUUAAGGAGAAAGCGAUUGCAAUGUUGAGCUGUGUGAAGGAGAAUAAUUUGGAAGGCAACAAGGCAUCAUUGCAAGAGGUGAAAAUGGAGUAUGAUAAAUUUAAGGGGAAGCUUGAGUCCUACUUUCAGCUUAUGAGGCAAGCUGGGCCAAUUGAGAAAGCAGUGCCUCCAAAAUGAAGUUAUGAUAUGAGAGUUGGUGGAUGCAGCAAUUGAUAUUCUGGUUCAUGUUUAUGCAAAACCACCAUUUUUAAUUAGUAUAAUAAAUUUCAGGGGAUUUAGUUUCCUUGUGUACCUUUCCAAUAAUAUAUUACUAUAAGUAUGAUUUAUGGUUAUGACA